AUGACUCAAACUGUUCUGGAGGAGGCUUUCAACGCGGCUCAGGAUGCUUUCCUCAAGGACGUGCAAUCGGGGCAGAACGGAUGCCCCAAGAGAGUGCUCAAGCUCUUCCGGAACGUACAGAAGAUGUUGCCCCGGCGAGGUCAUCCAUGGUUGGGCCAUUUGCAUUACUACUACGCGGUGUGUUAUGGUUACGGCAGGGACUGCAAUAAGAGUCAUGUACAUUACGAGCGGGCUCUCAAGCUUUCUGAGCCAGGCUCUGAAAUCAUAGCGGCUUCGCACUACAAUUUGGCGAGGUCGUACAUCGAUGCUAGCAACAAAGGACUGGAGGAGUGCGUGGAUUGGCAGCGCAUGUCGUUUCAUGCGAAGGAGGCGCUCUCCAUGAAUCCCGAGAAGAAUUCCCAACUUUCUGUAUUUCUGGCAAUCGGCGAGAUGCAGAGUGGUCAGGAAGAGCGAGCUUUGGAGAUGGUUCAGGAAGCACGAUCCAUUGGAUUGAAGUCGGUUGAGGAGUACACGCAGUCGGCGUUCGUCAUGGGCAACAGCAGCGCAGCAUGGUCCGAGGUUCAAGACCUGUUCCUCGAGGGGCGAGACCGCUUCCCGAGCAGUGCGAGAAUCGCCUACCAGCACGGGCGCUACUGCCAGAUCGCAGGGGGCUCCCGCCUGGUCGUGCGGAAGCACCUCGGCGGGCCCUCCGACGUGGCGUACUCCGCAUAUAGUCCACCAUCAGAGUGCAAGAACUCACUGUUCAGGGUCCAUGCAGGCUAA